AUGAUGAAGUUGGGUCCGAGAGAUAUGCCAGGGUCGAUCUGGGACGAAAGAGGGAAGACUAAACUCGUGCAAAUUCUGGUUUCAUAUAAAUAUUCUGGCAUAAGUUCGAUCCAGUUCGCAUAUGUCGUGCAUGGUGCAGUGCGUCAUUCAGAAAUCUAUGGAAACCCCGAUGGCGCUGAAUUUGAUACGGUGACACUUGAUUACCCAUCUGAGUUUUUAGUGUCUGUAAGUGGUAAUUACGGCACGAAUGUUUGGAAUUCGAAAAAUCAAUUGAUGUGGAUCGCAUUUACUACUAACAAAUGCAAAUAUGGGCCCUUUGGACAGAAAAACGGAGCAAAUAAAGAUUCAUUCAGCUAUAGAUUUGGACUGAGAUCCUGUUUUGCAGGAUUUCAUGGAAGCGUUUUUGAAUCUUGUGUGUAUGCCAUUGGAGUUUAUGUCAAGCCCAUCGACUCACUUUAUGAACUCAAGGAUGAAGAAUGA